CCAUGAGAUUAAUCCCAUACUUACCAUGGUCAAUUUGGAAAUGAGAAAGAUUGUCGGAUAACUAGACAAUGAAUUAGCGACACAGAGACCACCUUAAAGCACAACAGAACGACAGUACAUGCAUGCAACAGCGAUUCUUCCAAUGAGGCCACUGUUUAAGCCCUCCUCAAUGCGGGAAAGUGUAACGAUGUUUGAGUGUAGACAUGUGUCGCCUCCGUCAAGCCCAACAAGGAAGGUAAAUAGGAUGUCUUCCACAUGUGACAUUGGCGACACUGUCCCCGCCAAGCCCUAUAGUUUUCAGUCUGUUUCCUACCUCCUUGGUGAGAACACCUCGCUUAGGGUCUACUUCUCCAAAAGCAACUCAUAGCCCUCAUUUUCAAUUGAAUCAAGAAAUCUCCAUGCUGAUGCAACAAAUGGCUAACCAAAGUGUAGACAUAGAAGCUUCUCUGCUCAGUCAAGUCCAGCAAACUCGACCCAUCCUUUUUCAAGGCA